AAUAAAGGAUAGUUUGGUAUAUUAUUAUUUAAGCAAAUUAAAGAAGGUCCCCUCUUCUCUUGUAUUCCCAGGUGGGGGUGGUCACUAGUACUCAAUACUCAUCUCCCUCUCUCUCUCUCUCCCAAGUCGCUUUCUCCUUUUCUCUCUCUUUUUUUUUCACUGCAGAGUGUUCAAUUCAGUUUUAACCAGAAAAGUCAGCAUUGAGUGAAACUCAGUAAUACAACAAUAACACAAAUUAAGAAAAAGAAUUUUUAAGAAAAUCCCAAAUCCUAAAUUCCAAAUGCAUGUAUUGUAUAUUAUUAUUGUGAUGCAUAAUAAUACUCAGACGAAUCCUCCUUUGUUUAUCUCCUUAUUCUUUUAUUCUUCUUCUUUUUUUGUCUAUUAAAUCUCUUUUUUACAAUCUCUCUCUCUCUGUAUCUUCAAUACUUUAAUCCCUCUUUUCUCAUCAACUUCUACCCAUUCUUCCAAAUUUUGUAACUUUUUGAUUUCAUCAAGCUAUUCAGCUAGUUCCAUGGAAUACCCACAAAAAAUCUCAUCGUUUUGAGUUAACUCAGUUCACUAAUAAAGUCUUCGAUUUCAGAGCACCCAUUUGGUGUUUUUAAGGGGCUUCACUCUAGUUUUUGCUGGAACCAUGAAUCUGGGUUUAGCUCCAUUUGGGAUUCUAACAUGCAUUCUUCUGCUUCUAUUGCUCCAAGCUCGACCUUUGUUUUCGUACCCCACACCAAUGAACUGUACGGACACAACUAGGCUAUGUACCUCUUUCUUGGCCUUUAAACCGAUGGAGAAUCAAACCCUUUCCGUGAUCCAGAGCAUGUUCGACGUUUUGCCCGGCGACGUGACUGUUGAAGGAGCCGGCGGCCGGGGAUAUGUGUUCAUUAAAAAGAACUGUUCUUGCGCUUCUACUAUCAAGAAGUAUGUGACUAAUACCACUUUUACAGUCAAAUCCAGUAAUGGGUUGGUGCACGACAUGGUUAUGGAGGCCUACAAUGGUUUGGCUAUAGUGCCCAAUACGACUAGGCCGGCCAAGUACGGUGCUGUUGUUUCGUUGACUCUGUUCUGUGGGUGUUCGAGUGGGCUGUGGAACUAUCUGAUGAGCUAUGUCAUGGAAAGUGGAGAUACCAUUGAAUCCUUGGCUAGUCGAUUCGGUGUUAGUAUGGAUAAUAUUGAGAAAGUUAAUGGGAUUGUUAAUCCUAAUAAUGUCACUGCUGGUUCUCUUUUUUACAUUCCUCUGGAUUCAGUUCCUGGUGAUGCUUACCCAAUAAACGUUGAUCCCCCCGUUGCACCUGUGCCAGCACCAUUGAGUGACAUUUUCUCAGAAAAUCAAGUAAUUCAUAAAGCUCAUGCACCGUAUAUAUGGAUUGUCGGGAGUUUGGGGCUUGUUCUUGCUCUCAUUGUGAUAGGUAUAGUGAUCUAUGUUUCCCUGAGGCCAUCAAUCUGCUGUACCGAAGCGCGAAGAGGCCAGUCAAAGGAUUCGGAAGGCAAGAGUUCUUAUAGGUUCCAUAUUCUUCGGAAGCCAAGUUUCUGUUGUGGUUCAGGAAGAUACAUCAGUGGCAAAUCUGGAGAAUACAAACAACCUAAUGGAGAGCCUAAAAGCCACCCAAUAACAAUUCCCAAAGCUCUUGGGACUAAUGUAUUUGAAGUAGAGAAGCCUGUGGUUUUCACGUACGAGGAAAUACAUUCCUCAACUGACGGGUUCUCUGAUUCAAAUCUUCUAGGGAAUGGCACAUAUGGAUCUGUUUACUACAGCCUCCUUCGUGACCAGGAAGUUGCUAUUAAAAGAAUGACAGCUACAAAAACUAAAGAAUUUUUGGCAGAAAUGAAAGUUUUAUGCAAGGUUCAUCAUACAAAUCUGGUAGAAUUGAUUGGGUACGCAGCGACUAACGACGAGCUCUUUCUCAUAUAUGAGUAUGCACAAAAAGGUUCACUUAGAAAUCAUUUACAUGAUCUUCAAAGCAAUGGUCAUACAUCUCUGUCCUGGAUUAUGAGAGUUCAGAUUGCACUUGAUGCUGCUAGAGGUCUUGAGUACAUACAUGAACACACAAAAACACAUUAUGUUCACCGGGAUAUCAAAACAAGCAACAUUUUGCUUGAUGGCACCUUUAGAGCAAAGAUUUCAGAUUUUGGGUUGGCAAAACUUGUAGGGAUAACAAAUGAAGGGGAAGCCACAACAACAAAAGUUGUUGGUACAUUUGGUUAUCUAGCUCCAGAAUAUUUAAGUGAUGGUCGUGCUACGGCUAAAAGUGAUGUUUAUGCUUUUGGAGUUGUUCUUUUUGAGAUUAUAUCUGGAAAAGAGGCCACUAUUCGAACAGAAGGCAUGAGCAAUAAAAAUCCUGAAAGGCGUUCUCUGGUAUCCAUUAUGUUAGGAGCUCUAAAGAAUGCACCCGACUCGGUGAGUAUGGCAAACAUGAAAGACUACAUUGAUCCUAACAUGAUGGAUUUGUAUCCGCAUGAUUGUUUAUUCAAGAUGGCAAUGCUGGCAAAACAGUGUGUUGACGACGAUCCAAUGUACAGGCCGGACAUGAAACAAGUGGUGAUUUCUCUGUCGCAGAUACUCCUCUCGUCUGUGGAGUGGGAAGCAACUCUUGCCGGGACAAGCCAAGUAUUUAGUGGUCUUGUCCAAGGAAGAUAGUGUGCUUUCAAACACUUUCUUUUCAAACCAGUUGCUUUUCUUCACAGGUUCUUCCCCCCCUUUUUGACCACAUUUUGUAAUUUUUUCUGUUUUAAUCUGUUCUAUCUUAUCUGCAUGAGUAUGUGUGUGUAUAGUUGUUGCACAGGUAUAGUAGUAAGGUGAUUGUAAACGUGUAAUAUGUAAUAGAUUUUCGAUUCUUUCAUGGUUAUUUUAGAAUUUAUUAUAGUAUUUUUUGAUGUC